AUAUUGCAGAUCUUCAUUGUGCAUACGAACUCACGAAUUUAACAAGUACUGGAUUGUACUGGAGUUAAAUAGAACUGCUGAGUAAAUAACAAAACAGAUGUUCGAAUUAUUGUCGUAUGGUUUGUAGUGGAUUUAUCUAUCAUAUUGCUAUAUUGGAUUUCGUUCGGCUCCGUCAAUUUAACGUUCCGUUUCUAGUUUAUAAGGAUUUUUUAUCAGUUUGGUUUUGGUUGCUUAAAUAGGAUUGGACAGGUAGAAGAGUUGCCGCUGUUCAGUAUACAGAAAAUCAAGUGGUCUAUCUACAUGUUAUAUAUAAAUCAUGGAAUGGACUAAAAAGAUUAAAGUUGUUCCUAUCUACCAAACCGGGACGAUGAACUCCCAUCACGCCCCGACGGACAUCAGAAGGAACUUCGAGACUAGCAGUCUUGGUUCUCCUUCUCCAGAGAACAAGAAAGCUCCUGGAUAUAUUCUCGACUCUGGACAACCUUCAAAACUGGAACGAAAGUGGAGCAAAGAAAAAGAAGUCGAGGACGAGAAAAGGAGAAAGAAAAUAAAAAAGUUUCUGGUUUAUUUCCUGACAUUUCUCGCUGUCUUAAUCACUGUCGUUGUCAUUGUUCUUGUCCUCCUGUACUUCCUAACCUGUAUUUUUGGGAACUGUCCAGAAGGAUGCUACGAUUGUAAGUAUGCGGAGAAGUCGGAUUGGAAGAGAAAAGGAAACUCGUAUUCAGGGAAAAAGAGGCACUGUGGAGACGCCCUUAAACUUCAUGUUACAGACAAUUCCUUUAUCUUAGAUAGUUCUGUCAAGGGGUCCGGUGGUACCGGUGAUAUGGACACAACAGCCCCCCUUAUUCACUCAUUUUCCUCCAUGGUAGACGAGAAGGAGACAAAUACAAUGGAACUUUACUGGUAUAUGGAGCAGACGGUUCGUAACAAUGACAGCCUGAAGCUGGUGUUCAGUGAUAAUGGUGACAGAUACGCUGGACUCGGUGACCUGGGUGAUGCUGUGUUCCGACCUAAGGGAGAAGAGGCUCACCACACGUUGUGGGUAAAUGAUGACAAUCCAAUCUAUCUCCCCUUCUAUCUAUCCCGCAAUAAAGAAUCGAGUCUGUGCAUGUUCGCUGAUGCCGGCGGAGCUCCAAUGGAAGUCUCAGUAAAAGGGUCCCGGACUGAAUGGUUGAUAUACAAGCAUGACAAAGUGUAUUUCCACAUCUACUCUGCCAGUACCUCUCUCAAAGCAAUGACAAAGUGCACUGAGAAGUGGAGGGAGCUUUAUCCUAGUCCUGACGCUUCCUGGACAGAUCACUUCAUUAUUGGCAGUUUAAGUACAGAUAAAAUAAAAGCCGCAAGAAACAAGGAUGGAAUAUUGGGGACUCAUUACAUAUUGGCCCCUGAUAGUAUCUCUAUCAAUGACGGAGACCUAAAAAUUGAGAACAAAGACGAAAUCUCUAAUUACGAUAAAGUUUUCCUGCCAUGGACUGCUAAACAAAAUCUCAAAGACUCUGGCUACGAACAUCUGAACUCUAGAAACGGGUACUUCAAAACUGACGAAGAAGACGUGUACUUCUUGGAUUACGACAAUGACAUGGUAAAUUGGGACAUCAGCUCAGCAAUUAGUACUCAAACGAUGGCGGGAGUUAUCCUUCAGAACGAUUUCUAUCACAAUAUGACUCCGUCAGAGACAUGUCCCCAGUAUAACUACUGCUCUACCAACUCUGCCUUCUUUGACUGGGACUCAGAUCUUUGCAUGGGUGAUGAGUUUGGGGAGAAGGUCCUGUUCCAGAGACACAACUACUACGACACGUCGCGAAGUAAAGUUGUAAGGCGGACUAGUUCAAUGGUAGUUGAGUCUGUAGCUGCUCCUGGUACAACUCAUUUCCACAGGGGAAAUAUAGAGCUAACACCAGAAGGUUUGAGCACGUGCUUCCACAACAUCCUAAACUUGCAACUUAUUGGAAUACGAGCUGUGAGUUGCAACAUGUGUGGCGGACUCAUUCCUCAGGAGACUGACAUUGAGCAGACUAGGGUCUGUAACAGAUUAAGUCAGCUCGCAUUCCUGAUGCCCUACGUGAUAAUGACAAAUGAUGAGGAGCCCCCACUGAUAACAGACGAGAAAGAUGCUGGCAGAUACGUCAAAAACAAUCUCAACGCAAGGAAACAGUUUAGAUAUUACUUAGAAUCUGCUUACAAAGAAGCCCUAGAAAGCAACACCCCCUUCGUUUACACAGUAGGAACCGCUUACAAUGAUGACAUCUACAACGAUAACCAACAGGCGGUCAUUAUAGGGGCGAGGUUGGUUUAUGUGGUGGUAUUAGAGGACGAGGACGGAGGAGACCUGAAUAUCGCGUUCCCUCCUGGUUACUGGUCCUCUAAUGGGGGCCCCCUGACUGGAGAGUACUUCGCUGGAGGUCAAGAUCGAGUUCAAAGUUCAACAGAUAUGAGUAAUCUCAUCUACUUUCAAGCUCCCGGAAUAUUCGUCCUCGCAGAUUCAGAUAACCCUAACCAUGCUGUUGUUCGAGUGUAUCUACCAUUCGAAGGACCCUAUGACCAAAUUACACACACUUUCAACUACUACCAUCCUGUAGCUGAGUACUCUAGGAAGUACUCUACACAGAUAACUUUUGACCCUGAAGAUGGAGCUAACUCUGCCAACAUCAGGUUUUCUUACGAUGGAGAGUCCCCCAGACAAGACAUCAGUGUUUCAAGGAUUGAAGUGUAUCGUUGGUUUGUGAACAAUGACAGUCCGCCAGACUGGGUCGCUUUCAACGCCAGGGGAAACAACAAGUUUAACGUGGUGUUCGAUUACAUUCAGAGGAAAACCAUGCUGAAAAUGGAUGCUCAGUCAUUGUUUGGGACCUUGAGUUGGACCCAAAGUUUUGACUUUGAGUCGUAGAUAUUUUCAUUUAUGACGAUUUUAUAAUGAUAACCGUAGGUAAUCUACGUUAUCAAUAGCACUACUAGUACUAUACAGUUUUUUCGGCUUUAAAAAUUACAUGGAAAGAACCAAUAUAAUAUAUUAAUGUAAGUCAAAGCCAAAAGGGGUUUUAAGAAAAAAAUGAAAGAAACGCUUUUGCAAUAUCAAACAUACUACGAUAAUGAUUGCUAAAAAAGCAAAAGACUUCUAUUCACCACUUGCUGUUUAAAACCGUAGCUAAACAUCCUCCUCCACGGCUUUACCAUCAUCACUUGAUACGUUAUAUAUACACGUUAUUGGUUAAUGGUUAUAUAUUACACGUUAUUGGUUAAUGGUUAUAUAUUAUACGUUAUUGUAUACCAUCCGUUUAGGUCUUAGGACAGCUGAUAUACAUAGUCAUACUUUUUGUAAUAGCAGUUUUUAUUUUUUUAAAACACCCUAUAUUCCCUUCCUA